UUAUGUUCUCCCUGCAAUUUAAUUCUACUGAAGGUGAAACUUGCGUGGAGACAUGGGGAAAAGGAAGUCAAGGGCAAAGCCACCUCCAAAGAAGAGGAUGGACAAGCUUGAUACUGUCUUCAGCUGUCCUUUCUGUAAUCAUGGAAGUAGUGUUGAGUGCCGCAUUGAUAUGAAAAAUUCGAUUGGGGAAGCCGUUUGCUCAAUUUGUCAAGAGAGUUUCAGCACGACAAUCACUGCUUUGUCUGAGCCCAUUGACGUAUACAGUGAGUGGAUUGAUGAAUGUGAGCGGGUCAACAACGUUGAAGAUGAUGCUGCAUAGGAGACCACAGAAAUGUUCCACCCUGUGACUUCAAUGCUGAAAGGGAAGUUGCAGAGGUAGUUUAUAGUAGAACUU